AUGUCAGUGAAGACCCUUUGCCAUCUGAUCGGGACGCCUAAGAGUUUUAUCGGGCCGCCUAAGAGUUUUAUCGGGCCGUCUAAGAGUUUUAUCGGGCCGCCUAAGAGUUUUAUCGGGCUGUCUAAGAGUUUUAUCGGGCCGCCUAAGAGUUUUAUAGGGCCGUCUAAGAGUUUUAUCGGGACGCCUAAGAGUUUUAUCGGGACGCCUAAGAGUUUUAACGGGCCGCCUAAGAGUUUUAACGGGCCGCCUAAGAGUUUUAUCGGGCCGUCUAAGAGUUUUAUCGGGCCGCCUAAGAGUUUUAUCGGGCCGCCUAAGAGUUUUAUCGGGCCGCCUAAGAGGUUUAUCGGGCCGCCUAAGAGUUUUAUCGGGCCGCCUAAGAGUUUUAUAGGGCCGUCUAAGAGUUUUAACGGGCCGCCUAAGAGGUUUAUCGGGCCGCCUAAGAGUUUUAUCGGGCCGCCUAAGAGUUUUGUCGGGCCGUCUAAGAGUUUUAUCGGGCCGCCUAAGAGUUUUAUCGGGCCGUCUAAGAGUUUUAUCGGGCCGCCUAAGAGGUUUAUCGGGCCGCCUAAGAGGUUUAUCGGGCCGCCUAAGAGUUUUAUCGGGCCGCCUAAGAGUUUUAUCGGGCCGUCUAAGAGUUUUAACGGGCCGUCUAAGAGUUUUAUCGGGCCGUCUAAGAGUUUUAUCGGGCCGUCUAAGAGUUUUAUCGGGACGCCUAAGAGUUUUAUCGGGCCGUCUAAGAGUUUUAUCGGGCCGUCUAAGAGUUUUAACGGGCCGUCUAAGAGUUUUAUCGGGCCGUCUAAGAGUUUUAUCGGGCCGUCUAAGAGUUUUAUCGGGCCGUCUAAGAGUUUUAUCGGGCCGCCUAAGAGUUUUAUCGGGCUGUCUAAGAGUUUUAUCGGGCCGCCUAAGAGUUUUAUAGGGCCGUCUAAGAGUUUUAUCGGGACGCCUAAGAGUUUUAUCGGGACGCCUAAGAGUUUUAACGGGCCGCCUAAGAGUUUUAACGGGCCGCCUAAGAGUUUUAUCGGGCCGUCUAAGAGUUUUAUCGGGCCGCCUAAGAGUUUUAUCGGGCCGCCUAAGAGUUUUAUCGGGCCGCCUAAGAGGUUUAUCGGGCCGCCUAAGAGUUUUAUCGGGCCGCCUAAGAGUUUUAUAGGGCCGUCUAAGAGUUUUAACGGGCCGCCUAAGAGGUUUAUCGGGCCGCCUAAGAGUUUUAUCGGGCCGCCUAAGAGUUUUAUCGGGCCGUCUAAGAGUUUUAUCGGGCCGCCUAAGAGUUUUAUCGGGCCGUCUAAGAGUUUUAUCGGGCCGCCUAAGAGGUUUAUCGGGCCGCCUAAGAGGUUUAUCGGGCCGCCUAAGAGUUUUAUCGGGCCGCCUAAGAGUUUUAUCGGGCCGUCUAAGAGUUUUAUCGGGCCGUCUAAGAGUUUUAUCGGGCCGUCUAAGAGUUUUAUCGGGACGCCUAAGAGUUUUAUCGGGCCGUCUAAGAGUUUUAUCGGGCCGUCUAAGAGUUUUAACGGGCCGUCUAAGAGUUUUAUCGGGCCGUCUAAGAGUUUUAUCGGGCCGUCUAAGAGUUUUAUCGGGCCGUCUAAGAGUUUUAUCGGGACGCCUAAGAGUUUUAUCGGGCCGUCUAAGAGUUUUAUCGGGCUGCCUAAGAGUUUUAUCGGGCCGUCUAAGAGUUUUAUCGGGCCGCCUAAGAGUUUUAUCGGGCCGUCUAAGAGUUUUAUCGGGCCGUCUAAGAGUUUUAUCGGGCUGCCUAAGAGUUUUAUCGGGCCGCCUAAGAGUUUUAUCGAGCCGUCUAAGAGUUUUAUCGGGCCGUCUAAGAGUUUUAUCGGGCCGUCUAAGAGUUUUAUCGGGCCGCCUAAGAGUUUUAUCGGGCCGCCUAAGAGUUUUAUCGGGCCGCCUAAUUUUAUCGGGCUGCCUAAGAGUUUUAUCGGGCCGCCUAAGAGUUUUAUCGGGCCGUCUAAGAGUUUUAUCGGGCCGUCUAAGAGUUUUAUCGGGCCGUCUAAGAGUUUUAUCGGGCUGCCUAAGAGGUUUAUCGGGCCGUCUAAGAGUUUUAUCGGGCCGCCUAAGAGUUUUAUCGGGCCGUCUAAGAGUUUUAUCGGGCCGUCUAAGAGUUUUAUCGGACCGUCUAAGAGUUUUAUCGGGCUGCCUAAGAGGUUUAUCGGGCCGUCUAAGAGUUUUAUCGGGCCGCCUAAGUUUUAUCGGGCUGCCUAA